AUGGCAACAACAAGAACUAGUGCUGGAACUAGCGGCGGUCGUGGAAGAGGCCGUGGUGAAAACGAAGACUCUGGUCAAGGUCGUGGUAUUGGUCGAGGAACUGGACGAAGUGGAGGUCAUGGUAUUGGUCGUGGCACUGGGCCUGAAGUAGUUCAAGGUGUUGGCCGCGGUGCGGGUCGUGGAAAUGAACAAGCUGGAGAUCGAGGUACUGGUCGUGGAGUUGGUCGUGGUGCAGGCCACGGUCGCGGCCGAGGUAGUGGUCGCGGACGCGGUCGUGGUAAAGCUGAAAAUGAAACUACUAAUGAGCAAGCUGGAAUGCAACCAGACCUAGCCAUGAUUGCCAUGAUCACCCAAGUGUUCUGCACAGCAACCGAACUGGUGAAGCUGGAACGAGAGUUUUUGGAACAUAAGAUGGUCGGUGCUGAUCAUGCUGGAUAUACUACCCAUUUUAAUGAACUCUCAAGGCUCGUUCUAGAUUUGGUUGAACCUGAGAACAAAGGUAUAGAGAAGUAUCUUCGUGGGUUAAUUCCUCAGGUUAGGUCGACUAUGGCUGUUGUUCACCCACUUACCUUAGAGGAGGCUAUAUUGAGGUCUGAAGCUAUAACGGAGGAGUUGGUUCAGUGUGGAACUAUUACUGCUGUUCAAGUGGCAGUUCAUCCUAACCAGCUACAGAUUACUGGACCCAAUCAGAAUAGGGGCAAUCAGGCUCCAGCUGCUAGAGGUCGUGCUUUUGUUCUAAAUGCUGCCGAGGCUCGCAACGACCCGAACGUUGUUGCAGCUGAUUAUAGUUUUGUCGCGACUAGUUUUGUUCCUUUAUUGAGUGCUAAGCCGAGCCCUAUGUAUUUAUGUUUUGACGUAGAAAUGGCUAAUGGUGGUGCAAAAAUUGUUAGAAUUCCCUUACCAAAUGGCGAAAUACUAGAAGUUCAGGGCGAGGUGUCUGAUUCUUUUGAGGGUCGUGUCAUGAGUGCGUCUGCUAAAGAGGUUAGCUUGAUUGAUGUCCUCGUCGUUCGGGACUAUCAGGAUGUCUUCCCUGAUGAUUUACCUGGCUUACCUCCGUCUCGACAACUUGAUUUUCGCAUUAGUCUCGUUCCUAAUGCAGCUCCUGUAGCAAAAUCUCCCUAUAGAUUAACAACAACUGAAUUACAGGAAUUGGCCACACAAUUAAAAGAACUUUAG